CCGGAGGCGGCGGCGGCGGUGCCCGGAUGGAGGCACGUCAUUGUCCCCCGCCGGGCGGCUGGGCUGUGUGCGGCGGCGGCGGCGGCGGCGGCGGCGGCCGAGGGGGAUGGAGCGAGCGCCGAGCCGGGUCAGAGUUGAACAAUGACCAUAGUUGACAAAGCUUCUGAAUCUUCAGACCCAUCAGCCUAUCAGAAUCAGCCUGGCAGCUCUGAAGCAGUCUCACCUGGAGACAUGGAUGCAGGUUCUGCCAGCUGGGGUGCUGUGUCUUCCUUAAAUGAUGUGUCAAAUCACACACUUGCUUUAGGACCAGUACCUGGUGCUGUAGUUUAUUCGAGUUCAUCUGUACCUGAUAAAUCAAAACCAUCACCACAAAAGGAUCAAGCCGUAGGUGAUGGCAUCGCUCCUCCACAGAAAGUUCUUUUCCCAUCUGAGAAGAUUUGUCUUAAGUGGCAACAAACUCAUAGAGUUGGAGCUGGCCUCCAGAAUUUGGGCAAUACCUGUUUUGCCAAUGCAGCACUGCAGUGUUUAACUUACACACCACCUCUUGCCAAUUACAUGCUAUCACAUGAACACUCCAAAACAUGUCAUGCAGAAGGCUUUUGUAUGAUGUGUACAAUGCAAGCACAUAUUACCCAGGCACUCAGUAAUCCUGGGGAUGUUAUUAAACCAAUGUUUGUCAUCAAUGAGAUGCGGCGUAUAGCUAGGCACUUCCGUUUUGGAAACCAAGAAGAUGCCCAUGAAUUCCUUCAAUAUACUGUUGAUGCUAUGCAAAAAGCAUGCUUGAAUGGCAGCAAUAAAUUAGACAGACACACCCAGGCCACCACUCUUGUUUGUCAGAUAUUUGGAGGAUACCUAAGAUCUAGAGUCAAAUGUUUAAAUUGCAAGGGCGUUUCAGAUACUUUUGAUCCGUAUCUUGAUAUAACAUUGGAGAUAAAGGCUGCUCAGAGUGUUAACAAGGCAUUGGAGCAGUUUGUGAAGCCGGAACAGCUUGAUGGAGAAAACUCAUACAAGUGCAGCAAGUGUAAAAAGAUGGUUCCAGCUUCAAAGAGGUUCACUAUCCAUAGAUCCUCUAAUGUUCUUACACUUUCUCUGAAACGUUUUGCAAAUUUUACUGGUGGAAAAAUUGCUAAGGAUGUGAAAUACCCUGAGUAUCUUGACAUUCGGCCAUAUAUGUCUCAGCCCAACGGAGAGCCGAUUGUCUACGUCUUGUAUGCAGUGCUGGUCCACACUGGUUUUAAUUGCCACGCUGGCCAUUACUUCUGCUACAUAAAAGCUAGCAAUGGCCUCUGGUAUCAAAUGAAUGACUCCAUUGUAUCUACCAGUGAUAUCAGAUCGGUACUCAGCCAGCAAGCCUAUGUGCUCUUUUAUAUCAGGUCCCAUGAUGUGAAAAAUGGAGGUGAACUUACUCAUUCCACCCACAGCCCCGGCCAGUCCUCUCCCCGCCCCGUCAUCAGUCAGCGGGUUAUCACCAACAAACAGACUGCACCAGGGUUUAUUGGACCACAGCUUCCCUCUCACAUGAUAAAGAAUCCACCUCACUUAAAUGGGACUGGACCAUUGAAAGACACACCAGGCAGUUCCAUUUCGAGUCCUAAUGGGAAUUCCAGUGUCAACAGGGCAAGUCCUGUUCAUGCUUCAGCUUCUGUCCAAAACUGGUCAGUUAACAGGUCCUCAGUGAUCCCAGAACAUCCUAAGAAACAAAAAAUUACAAUCAGUAUUCACAACAAGUUGCCUGUUCGCCAAGGUCAGUCUCAGCCUAACCUUCAUAGCAAUUCUUUGGAGAACCCUACCAAGCCCGUUCCCUCUUCUACCAUUACCAAUUCUGCAGUACAGUCUACCUCGAACGCAUCUAUGAUGUCAGUUUCUAGUAAAGUAACAAAACCGAUCCCCUGCAGUGAAUCCUGCCCCCAGCCCGUGAUGAAUGGCAAAUCCAAGCUGAACUCCAGCGUGCUGGUCCCCUAUGGCGCCGAGUCCUCUGAGGACUCUGACGAGGAGUCAAAGGGGCUGGGCAAGGAGAAUGGGAUUGGUACGAUUGCAAGCUCUCACUGUCCCGGCCAAGAUGCCGAAGAUGAGGAGACCACUCCGCAUGAGCUCCAAGAACCCAUGAUCCUAAAUGGUGCUAAUAGUGCAGACAGCGACAGUGACUUGAAAGAAAACGGCCUGCCACCUGAUGGUGCCAGCUGCCAAAGCCAGCCUGCCCUGCACUCAGAAAAUCCCUUUGCUAAGGCAAAUGGUCUUCCUGGAAAGUUGAUACCUGCUCCUUUGCCAUCUCUCCCAGAAGACAAAAUCUUAGAGACCUUCAAGCUUAGCAACAAAGUGAAAGGCUCCACAGAUGAAACGAGUGCACCUGGAGCAGAGAGGGGCCCUUCCGAGGACUGCAUCGCAGAGCCCCAGCCCGGCAGCCCCGCCGCAGAGUCCCUGGAGGAGCCGGACCUGGCCGCCAGCCUCAGCAGCACCAAGGUUCCACCGCCCCCUGACCCUGGGACCCCCGCUACCAAAGAAGGCACCUGGGAGGCCAUGGCCGCCGCCCCCGAGGAGCCUCCGCCCAGCGCCGGCCAGGACAUAAUCACAGGGGAUACCAUGCCCCCUGACCUGUGUGACCCCGGGAGCUUAACAGGCGACCGAAGCCCGCCGUCCCAGGACACGGGGAUGAUCGUGGAGGGUCCGCGAGACUCGAUAUCAGCGGAAGCCCAGGAGGCGUUAAACCCGGCUCCACCCAUGGGGUCGGAGGAGUCCCACCAGCAGCCGCUUCUGGUUCACCCCAGCAGGGACCACACCCGGGAUGCUCAGGAUCCGCCCCAGAGCUCCGGGGCGCCUGAGGCCUCAGAGGGGCCGCCAGCUCCAGCACUGGAGGCGGCCCCGCCCGGUAACCCAGUGGGGGACCCUGAGCCUAGCCCUGGGGAGAAGGGAGAGGACGCUGCGGUGGGGCCGAAAGCCCCAGGCCCUUCCUCGGCGAAGGAAAAAAUCGGCAGCCUCCGAAAGGUGGACCGAGGCCACUACCGCAGCCGGAGGGAGCGCUCGUCCAGCGGGGAGCCCGCCAGGGAGAGCAGGAGCAAGACCGAGGGCCAGGGCCACCGCCACCGGCGGCACCGCACCUGCGCCCGGGAACGCGACCGCCAGGACCGCCAUGCCUCGGAGCACCACCCUGGCCACGGCGACAGGCUCAGCCCCGGCGAGCGCCGCUCCCUGGGCAGGUACGGCCACCACCACUCCCGACACCGCAGCGGGGCUGAGCCGGACUGGAGCCGACACCACUACGCCGAGGGCGAGCACAGCUGGGGCCGGGAGAAGUUCUACCCCGACAGGCCGCGCUGGGACAGGUGCCGGUACUACCACGACAGGUACGCCCCAUACGCCGCCCGGGACUGGAAGCCCUUCCACAGCGGCCGUGAGCACGAGCGAGCCGGGGUGCACGAGCGGCCACACAAGGACCACUACCGGGGCCGCAGGGGCUGUGAGCCGGCCCGGCAGAGGGAGCGGCACCGCCCAGGCAGCCCCCGCACAGGCGCACCCCAUGCCCCUACCCCGCACCCCGACCACUUUUCCCACGACAGAACUGCGCUUGUAUCAGAAGACAACUGUAACCUCUCUGAUCGGUUUCAUGAACACGAAAGUGGAAAGUCACGAAAACGGAGAUACAACAGUCUGGAAAACAGUGACAGUCAUGUCGAAAAGAAAUCCCAGAGGAGCGAACAGAAGGAUCUUCUAGAAGAGCCUAAAGUGAAGAAGCACAAAAAAUCAAAGAAGAAAAAGAAAUCCAAAGACAAACACCGAGACCGCGACUCCAGGCAUCAGCAGGACUCAGACCUCUCAGCAGCGUGCUCUGACACUGACCUCCACAGACACAAAAAAAAGAAGAAGAAAAAGAAGAGACAUUCAAGGAAAUCAGAGGACUUUGUUAAAGAUUCAGAACUGCACUUACCCAGGGCCGCCAGUUUGGAGACUGUUGCCCACUUCCGGAGAGCGCAGGGCGGUUUUCCCCUCCCUGGUGGCCCGCCUCUGGAAGGCGUCGGACCUUUCCGGGAGAAAACGAAACACUUACGGAUGGAAAGCAGGGAGGACAGGUGUCAUCUCUUUGAGUAUGGCCAGGGUAAGAGGAGAUACUUGGAAUUAAGAAGUUAGAAAUUAUUUCUUAAUACAGUUUGUUUGCAAAGGUGAUCAACACAUAGAAGCCCUCAGGUGGCAUCAGAGGGCACACACAGGUGAUGAACACAUAGAAACCCUCAGGUGGCAUCAGAGGGCACAGUUACUUGGCACACCCCUGCCCUGUCUGUCCGGCCUCGGCGCUCAGGCCUGCAGUGCAGUUCCUUGUUCAGUUUGGCUCCUUAGCAGCAACCCCUUAGCGUUUAUUGAAGGCCUGAGUGACCCAGGACUGAGCUCAGCAUUGCCUGUGUCGCCAAAGCCCUGGAACUUAGGGCCCUGGGCUUCUGAGUGUUUGCCUUGUGAAGGACCAUAACUCUUGGUUUUAAAGCAUCUUUUUGUGUGUGUGUUUUUUUUUUUGUUUUUGUUUAAAGCAUUUUUGAUAGAAAUACUUUUGCAGUGUUUAAGUUACUCUCCUGAAUCCUUAAGCCCGUAGACUCUGAGUAUACCCUGACGCUCGGUACUGAUUUGCUGGCUUGGGUCAUUAGAAGCGUGGGCGCCGGCCUUUGCCUGAGUGGUGCCACAGAGGCCUCCAUGUGGCGGGCACUGGCUGCCACUGCCAGCUAUCCUGGAUUCUGCAUCUGUCCUGCGGGGCUGUGUCUCCUUCAUCAUGUGGCCACGCACUGUGCUCUGAUGGCACUUGAGGCAGCCCUCCUUCCCUCUCUGGCUGGUAUCCAGUGACUGCUGGCCCUGGAGAGGAGCCCUGAGCCUGUUAGAAGCGGGUGUCACUCCACUCAGUGGACCUAGAACAGAGCUUGGCAAACUGCAGCCCGGGGCUUUGCAUGAACUGAACUUGGAGUUAAGAAUGGUUUUAACCUUUUUAAGUGGUUGGAAGUAAUCCCAAAGAAGAACAGUUUGUUUCACAUGAAAAUGCUGUGAAAUUCAGAUUCCAGCGUCUGUGGCUUUAUUGGGGCGCAGCCAGACGCCUUUGCACAUUGUCUGGUGGCUUCGCUGUCACUACUCGGCAGAGAUGAAUGGCUGCAGCAGGGACUGUGUGGCUCACAAAGUGGAAAAUGUUUAUUAUUCGCCCCUUGACAGAAAAAGUGUGUCACCCCUGCCUGGACGCCCAAUGUUUGCUUUCACAUGUGAAGCACACCCCUCCUCACGGGGAGUUGGACGUAUCAUCGGGGCUGCCCUGAGAGGCCUUGGCUGCUCGGCUGUCGUGGGCUUGGUGGAGCUGUGUGUUCUGGGGAAGGCCUCUUCUGCCAACAGCCCAGAGCUGGCAUCCAUUGUUGAUUGAGAGGCAAACGGUCCUCAGAGUGUGUGAGCGAGAGCUGGGGGCUGACAGGCGAGCCUUCCGUGGGGGACACUUGCCCGUGGAGUGCUGGAGAAACGGCCGGAGUCGAGGACAGGCAUCAGCGCUGCCCGUGAGGAAGGGAGCCUGCCGGUGUUUGCUGUUUGUAUUGUAGACAUUCUGGACGUUUCAGUGAUUCGGAGAAGGGGAUUGGAGAGGGCUGCUUGGUACCUGAGGAUGUCGUGGGUGGGCUCAUCCUGCAUGCCGUGCAGGCUCCCAGGAUGGCGGCAGGAUGACAGCCCACUCUCAGGCCUCUGUGCUAAGCUCUGCAGCCGGGGCUGCUGGAAGACAGUGAUGGCCCCAGAGGCAGCUAGUCCGGGGAGGAGGAGGUUGAAUGUGAACCUGUUUGCCUUGCAUCUUAGGUGCUGCGGUCAGGCGUGUGUCUGUGUGGUAUCUCUGCGUUUCCGUUCCCGGUCCCCGGUCCCACUAUACCAAUGACAGGGUUUGCAGCUGGUGCUUCUGCUGUGAGCACAGACUGAGGAGCCUUUCUCAUCCUCCCAAAAAGGCUGCUGCCCAAGCCGCGCCUUACCCAGCAUCCCACAGUCCUGCAGGCCUCCCUCUGCCCUGGGUUUGGCCCCUUGCCUUUCUCUUUCAAACUCCUCCUCUGGCUCUCUUCUGCUCAGUUCAGUUCUUGGGCCUGAGAUCUGUUUUCCUCAUGUUGAGGUGCGUGUGGGUUGGAUGGAGCCAAGAAUGGGCAUGGCUGGGGUCCUCAGUCAUCACGUAAACCCUUGAUGUCAGUAAAACCCUGGGAGCAGCAGUGGCACGCUGGAACACUCCUGCUCACCUGGCCAGGAAGCGGCCUCAGGCACUCACAUGGAACCGCAGUGACUGUCUGUAGCCACUUAACACACAGAGUGUGGGCACUGGCAAUUUUGCAACCAUAAUUAAAAUCUCUUUCCUGACCUUUGCUUUCUAGGUGAUUGAAAACUCGGCCUCAAAACAAAAAAUUCACUAGUUAUGGUAAGCUGUUUCCCAUCUGUCCAUUUCCACAUUGUUUGUGGCGGUGUUGAGGGGGUGCAGGCAGAGGAGUUGUAAUUCUGCAGCUCUGCCUGGGGGCGGGGCCCACAGGAGUAGGCAGAGCCAUGGAGAGGCCCUGGCAGGCUCCCAGCCAGCCCAGACCCAGGCUAUGCACUUGGGGACAGAUUUAGACUCCACCUCAUCACCUUUGCAUUACUGGCCAGGGAAGACCUGCAUCCCUCACACAGGCAGUGUCUCCCCAUUCCCUUGCCCUUCACUAGGAAAAGCCAGCCCCGGCUCACAACAGCUGAGCCCUCAGGCCUUUGAGAAACAUCUGGGGAGGGAGAGACCUGCUCCCUCCACAGAUGUCUCACUGAGGAGAAUGGAGCCUCAUUCCCUCCCCCAGCCCUCCCCCUUCCCGUGCUACUGCAGCCCCUGAGACUCACCACACAAAACCAUGGGAAGGUGCUGGAUGGCAGAUCAGGACCUUGGAACUGCAGGGCAGUGUUCAGUCACUUCACACAGGGGUCCUGAGAGAGUCACUGGUUCCAUACCUGAGUCUUGUGGAGCUAAAAAGGGACAGUGAACCAUUUUUCCCUUGAAAGGAAACCUUGUCCAGAAGUGUCUGUCACAUGUAGUCAGUCAGCGAAGGGAAUUUAAAAUGAAUUUCCAAGUGAAGAUUCUGGAUUAACUGGCCAUUAAUUAAAAGGCUUUAUCAAUGUGUCCUCAAGGGAGAGGCCCAACCCUAAUUAAGGAGCUAAACUUCCUGAGUGAGGGGCUGUGAGGAUGGAGGCGGAGGCGGCAGCUGGGGUUGGGCAGCUGCCCGGCCCAGCAGAUGGCGCCUCCCUGGCUGAGCCCCCCGCACUGCCAGUUCCCUCAUUUCAACUCAGGAAGGCAGAGUGACUUUCUCAAGGAAGAAGAGCUUCCCCAGCCCUGGGGAGCAGCUGGCAGGGCAUCCAGGGAUAAGCUGUGGCCUCACCAGGCCCCUGCGCAGCCGCCUGCCCGCCUUCUACUAACCCUGCGCCUCUUGUCUUUCAGAUUCAAUGCGUUCAACAGAAGCCAUCCCCAGCCCAGCUUAAAUUAUAUAGAAAAUAACUGUUCCAAUCUGCGUGGUGCUUCUUUAGUAAAUACUGUACAGAUUUUACCAUGGAGAACUUUUUUUUUUAGUUUUUACCUUUUCUUAAUUACCCUAUUCCAAAUGGAUGAACACUUUCUACCACUGCUGACCAUUGUAAAAUACCGUGUAUAUAAAUCCCACUGAAAUAAUGCCCUGGAAUAGAACAUCUCAAAUGCUGCUUAAUUACAGACUCAGGUCGAUUACUUGUAUUUCAUGUAAUGUUCCUCCAAGUUAGACAUCUGGUGCAAGACCAACCGGGAAACCAUGGAAUUGUCAAAAGUACAAACUGACAGUGUGUAUAUUUAAUUUAAAGACUUUUAUUUAAAAACUCACAUGCUCUCACCUAGACUUUCGAGAGCAGUCUGUUUUCUGUAAUGUCUGAUACUAGAAACUAAUUUGCUUAUUUUAGUUGUAUUCAAGAUUUGAAGAUGUAUUUUAUAGAGAAGUUCUGUUUUUGAACUUUGUGGAACUGUUCCAAUCAAUUUCCCAGUUAUGAUGAGUAUUUACAUUAUGAAUGUAUAACCCAGACAUGAUUUGUAAGCCUAUAGUAUGUUUCUAUUACACGACACUUUUUGAUACAGCGUCUCUUGUCUUGACUAUGAUACUGGAGUCUCAGUUGUCUGCUUGGUCCCUUCAAGUUUCUAGUUACAGACACAAUCAUACUGUGAUUUUAUUUUUAAUAUGGAUAUGCUAUCAAACUGUGAUACACUUAUAAUUCACUGGUCCUGCAUCAGGAGAUGGAGUGGGGAAAACUGUAUUUAAUACAGUUUGUAUCUGAAUAAUCUGUAUGGUUUAUACAGUUUGUGUUGUUCAGAGAUGUUUAAAGUUUGAUCUUUGUUUUUUUAAAGAUUAAAAAAGCACUUGCCCCACUGUAAAUAUACAGCAUGUAAAAUUUCUAUAGUAUAUAAAUGGCAGCAAAUCACA